UACGAAAUCAUGAGUCAAAAGGGAAAGUUCCCUAUUGCUUGCCCAUAAGACUUGGAGAGAGCCGUUUCUUAUGCUAAAGCGUCUACACCUUGGAGCUGCUAGAGAUCCAGAAGCAGAAAGACUGUUCUUCAAGCUCAGCUAGCUGAUAUUUCGAUAUGGGAAACAAACAAACAAAAAUUUCUUAUGAGACGGUGGACAAAACAGAUCCUCAAGCGAAAGAAAGAGGAAGACAGGCGGCCAGAGAUGAAAACGCUAGAAAGAUGCAAGAGCUGGACCAACAAUUAAGGCAACUAAAGGAUAGAGAAAUGGCCGCCGCUCUUGAACAGGUCCGAGUUGAGAAUGAGAAAGAUGCAGCACGUUUUGCUGAAGCAAAGAGGCGUGCCAAGGAACUAGAGCAACAAAGAAUUCGUGAAGAGAAGAAACGACAAGAGGAAAUGGAAAUACUACGGAUGAAAAAUAGUCUUCUGGAGUAUGAGUUUGGGAGUAGGACUACGAAAUUGGCUUUUGAGAAAGAUGGUCUUGAUAUAAGUGACAUGGAUAGGGUUCGUAUUGCCUUAUUUGGCCCUACCGGAUCAGGGAAGACAAGCUUCAUUGGUACACUUGAGAGGUCGCUUCUUGGCAAAGAGAAACAGACAGCAUUCGAACAGGGUGCUGGUUCGGAAGGAACAGUGGUCCUAGAGGAGUACCUCAGUCAGCUACGUUUCAAUCUUGUGGAUACACGAGGUUUCUUUGACAUUGAUGAUAACACUGCAGAGGAAUGCUUAAAUAUUAUGACUGGAAGGGUGUCUGUCGGCUCCGAAAUAAGGCGUGACUAUGAUGGACAGGAUAUAGACCCCUCUGCCGUAUCUUCCCGACGCGCAUGCUCAAGGUUCAGCGACCGCGUCCACGCGGUAAUAUUCGUGGUCCAAGCCAAGGACACUCGCCUGACGGACCAGACCUACUUGACAAGGAUGAAGAAAAUACGCGAUCAUUUGAGGUUUGAAGGCCACGCCCCUGUGACAGUGAUCACGUGUGAAGAUAAAGUGAAAAGUACGAAAGAGAGAGAGACCGCUUUCCAGGAGGCCUCUGCUGCCACAGGAAGCCCGCGAGACCGUACCUACUUCAUCACGAAUUACACGUACGAAAACAAGGACAAGGAAUUACAGGCCACUGAGAAGAUGGCGCUUAAUAUCGUGGACACCGUGUUGAUGUCAGCUGAGCGCUUUGUCAAGAUCAAGAAGCUUCAGGGACUUAAGGGAGGAGGUGGAGGUUCAGGUUCAACCGGCGACGAGGAAGUCAGCCGCUUUCUACAGCGUCUUAAAGCCGAGCACGACUGGGACCCAGCUAAGGUGAAAAGUGCUCUUGACUUUCUUGCCGAGCAGGAGAUCACUACUGUUGGGGCGCUCAGGGAAUGCUGGGAAGGCGUAAAAGGAAGCCUCGAGCUGACGAUUGGGAUGAAAGGAGUGAUCACGAGGGCACUGUCGUCAUCCAUGUGAAAUAGUAGCCUUAUGCAGGCUUAUAGGGGAAUGCAGGCUUAUAGCGGAAUGCAGGAAAUAGGGGAAUUUAGGGCCUUAGCCUGUAUAAAGACACAAAUUAUUACUUUAGCUUACUUGAGACACAUGGAAGGAAUAGAAAAAUAAAGGAUUUUAGCCUG